UCUGAAAAAGUUUGAGAAAGACUGUCUUAGGCAGACUGGCCUUGUCCCAACGUGGCCAGGAGCUGUGUUACGUGACGAUGCACCCUGCUGCAUGGAGACCCCUUGUCUGUCAGAUAAGCCAGAAGGAAGCCAAGAAACAUCUCCUAUCUGCAUCAGCAGACCUCUGCUACUGGCUACUCUGGGAGGGUCUGCUUCUAGAAAAAAAGUACAGAAGACAUUGGCAGCCUUACAGUUGGUUUACUUUAGCUUCUGUUUUCAAUACGGUACCAGCUGUAGUGAGUACAGGGAUAAAAACACAGACUGAGUCGUGAGCCAUGAGUGCCACCACCUUCCAGAAGUUCUCGGAGAGCAUCCACUUGACCAUGGUCAACACGGACAACAACGACGACGAUGGCUCCAGCGACAGCGACCUGGAGACGGACAGCCUCAUGAUCAUGUCCCCCCUCGCCACCUGGGCCAUGGAUGUGGAAAGACCCAUGCCCAUGGACACACACUACCAGUCUGAGUUUGGUUUUCAGAGUGAAAUAAAACUCUCCAAAGAGGAUGCCCCAGACAGGGUGUUUACAAUCCAGGUACUGUUUGAUGCUGCAGCAUCUGGAGAUGUCUACCAACUGGACGGGCUGCUGAGCUUUCUCCAGCGUACCUCCAGAAAGCUAACUGACCUGAACUUCCGGGAUCCUACGAAUGGGAAAACUGUUCUCCUGAAAGCCCUCUUGAACCUGCGAAAUGGACAGAACAACACCGUGGAGCUGCUCCUGGGUAUUGCAGAGGAAACUGGAGAUCUGAAAACAUUGGUCAAUGCAGCAUACAUAGACAGCUUUUACAAAGGGCAGAGUGCUCUGCACAUUGCCAUCGAGAGGCGAAACCUGCACUUUGUGAAGCUGCUGGUGCAGAAGGGGGCCAACGUGCAGGCCAAGGCCAACGGGAAAUUCUUCCAGUUGCACACCAGGCCUGGCUUUUAUUUUGGUGAACUUCCCCUGUCCCUGGCAGCGUGCACUAACCAGCUGGGCAUUGUAAAGUUCCUGAUGAGGAACCCUUACCAGAGGGCCGACGUCACCGACAAGGACUCCCACGGAAACAUCGUGCUGCAUGCCCUGGUCACCAUCGCCGACAACUCUCCGGAGAACACAGAGUUUGUCACCAUGAUGUACGACGAGAUCCUGAAAAGGUCCGGCAAGCUCUACCCUAAAGUCAACCUGGAGAACAUUGAGAACAACCAAGGCCUGACUCCUAUCAAGCUGGCAGCCAAAACGGGCAAGAUCGGGCUGUUUACACACAUGGUGAGGCGAGAGUUCCUGGACGAGGGGAGUAUCCACCUGUCCAGGAAGUUCACAGAGUGGGUGUACGGCCCCGUCUACUCCUCCCUGUACGACCUGGCCUCGCUCGACUCCUACGAGGAGAACUCGGUGCUGGAGAUCAUCGUGUACGGCUGCGAGAACCCUAACCGCCAUGAUAUGCUUCUGAUCGAACCUUUACACAGUCUUUUGGAGGAGAAGUGGCACACCUUUGCUAAGCCAAUGUUCUGGUUCAACUUCAUCGUGUACGUUAUAUAUCUGGUCAUAUUCACCACUGUGGCCUUUUUUAGAAAAGAAGGGGAGCCUCCAUUUUCUAUUGAAGAUACGCCAUCUGACCAUCUUCACCUCACCGGACAACUGAUCAGCCUCAUUGGUGCCGUGUACUUUUUCUUCAAAGGGAUAUCAGACUUCAGCAGAAAGCCACCAAAACUGCAGAGAAUCCUAAUCGACGGAUAUUGUGAAUAUCUGUUCUUUCUGCAGGCAGUGCUCUUCCUGUUCUCGGCGGGGCUGUAUGCCAUUGGCCACAGGGAGUAUGUGGGCUUCCUGGUGGUGUCUCUGGCUCUGGGCUGGAUCAACCUCCUCUACUUCUCCAGGGGCUCCAAGUACAUGGGCAUCUACAGCGUCAUGAUACAGAGGAUGGUCAUGAUUGAUAUAUCACGCUUCCUUAUGGUGUACAGCGUCUUCCUUUUUGGAUUUUCAGCAGCUGUGGUGACUCUCAUCGAGGAGUCCCCCCCUCACAUCAUCACACCUCUGACCAACGCCACCGCUGAGGCUCCAGAGACAGCAGCACUGGGCGGAGACGGCCACGCUGGGCUAUCGUGCGGCCAGCAGCGCCACAACUUCAACAACAUCCACUUCACCACCCUGGAGAUGUUCAAGUUCACCAUCGGCAUGGGCGACCUGGAGUUCACCGAGCAGUACCAGUACAAGGAGGUCUUCUUCCUCCUGCUCAUCUCCUACAUCGUGCUCACCUACAUCCUACUGCUCAACAUGCUCAUCGCACUCAUGGGCGAGACGGUGGAGAAGAUCUCCAGGGAGAGCAAGAGCAUCUGGAAGCUGCAGAGGGCCCUGACCAUCCUGGACCUGGAGAGGAGUCUUCCCCAGUGGCUGAGGGAGGUACUGCGCUCUGGAGUAGUGAAGGAGCUGGGGGCCAAGCCUGGAGAGGACACACGCCGCUGCUUUAGUUUGGAGGAGGUGAACUGGAACAAGUGGCACACGGAGCUGGGCAUCGUCACUAAGGACCCUGGCAGCUGUGACGUCAAGCCAUCCUAUGGCAGCAGGCUACGCAGAGAGAGGAGCAUGGUGGAGGCCGUCUCCACUCUCCGGAGGAACCAUGAGCGAGGGAGAGGCCCUGUGCACCCUGACGCUGGUGCCGGCGGCAAGAGCUCCUAAGGUGACCCCAUAUACUGCAGGCCAGGCAAGCGGCAGCAGAAAGGAGAGGAGCGGAGAGGAGCCUCUGACAGAUCAGCUGAAAACAGGACUGGACUGGCCAUCUGGCAUAGCGGGCAGUUCCCGGUAAUUAUGAGAAGAGGGGGG